AUUCAAUUCAAUCCGAGUCGAGCCUGUGAUAAGUCGAGCGUAGAGCAAACGUAAUAAAUUCACCUUAAAGUUGUUCAAUUUCGGCCAGAUCUAGGAAUAUAUAGGAAUGGAGGAGUAUUCACGCGAACCCUGUCCUUUUCGUAUCGUCGACGAUUGUGGCGGCGCCUUUGCCAUGGGCUGCUUCGGAGGCGGUCUCUUCCAGGGGCUGAAGGGAUUCCGGAAUGCCCCACAAGGCUUCAGACGCCGGUUUGCCGGUGGCUUGUCGGCGGUGAAGGCCAGGUCGCCAACUAUCGGCGGCAGCUUUGCCUCCUGGGGCUGCGUCUUCAGCAUCGUGGACUGCACUUUGGUCCAUUUGCGUAAGAAGGAGGAUCCGUGGAACUCGAUUAUGAGCGGCACCAUUGCCGGGGGCAUUCUCUCCUCCCGCAACGGAGUGGCCGCCAUGCUCGGCAGUGCAAUUGUCGGAGGAGUCCUGCUCUCGAUGAUCGAGGGCAUUGGCAUCCUGUUUACCCGUAUCUCUGCAGAGCAGUUCCGCAAUCCCGAACCGCAAGCAGAAGUAGAGGAUUCCGGUAUAUUUGGAACUGCACCUGCAUCUGGACCUGGCUCUGGAUCAGCGUCCGGCGAUAUCAACUCUGCACCGGGCUUUGGAUUUCCAGGCGUCCAGCAGGCCAACGUCACCAGCUAAAUUCACGUUUUAAUCUGUCACUCUAGUCGUCAUCGGCCGCUUCAUUUAUAAUUAUAAUCGCCUUUCCAUUUUUAAUCCAUCGAUUAUUUCAAACGCAACAAACUAUGCCCGAAAUAAUCUAAAUUCCAAGCCUAAUAUAUUUGAUGUGUAGCCUGCGAAGCAUAAACUAAA